ACGCCCCUUGGCCCCACAAGUGCAACUUCAUUUAGCAGCUCCCAGCAGAAGGAAACUGCAAGUCUGAAACUGGCUGCGACUCUCCCGGCCGGCUUGGCUGCUCGCCACAGCGGGCAGAGACGCCAGCAGGGUGUAAUCCAGCCGCGAUUCCUUCCCCGGCGCCGGGAGCACGGGAUUUGCGAGCGGAGAAGCGGCGGGAGCCGGGGCUAAGCUGUUGUCCUGYUGUGCGUGAAGCGUGUUUGAAGUCAUGUCCAGAAGGAAAGUCCACUAAAUCAGCCUUUUGCAAGCAAAGAGAGAUGCAAUGGAGGUAGAGUCCAGCACCUACACCGACUUCAUCUCCUGCGACCGGGCGGGCCGGAGGAACGCUGUCCAUGACAUCCAGCGAGACGCCAGCACCAUCAGCAUGCGCAAGCUGACCGAGGGCCUGGGUGAGCUCGCCGUGGAAGGAGCAGAAAGCCAAAGAGAUGCCAGCUCUUCUGACAACGACCCUGGAGCAAGACCAAAGGGGCAAGAGAGCAGCCCCUCCCCAUGAGAGCAAAAAGGGGGAGGGAUGGGCAGGAGGAGGGCCUUGCUGUGAACAUUAAACAAGAAUCUGUUGAAUCUCUGGACAAAAGGCAACCUGGAACAGCAAGUUGUCUGUCAAAUGCCUCUGCUGGAACCGUGCUUUUGUAGAGAGACACGAGACACUUGCAAGGACUGGCACCUCCAAAAGACUUCUGCCCCCAUCCCCAACAAUUUAAAGCAACACUGCCGUGGUUGUAGUGAUAAUGAGCCAUUCUCRAGAUGCCUUAGCUGCGAUUUUCUCUUAGGGGAAAAACAGUUUCAGUAAUAAUAGACACACCAGAUUUUCCUGUCCAAGGUACCUCCCUCCUUUGCAGAUUUAGACUAUUAUUUAUUCUGUUUCCAUAKAUUAGAUAUUUAGAUUAUUGGUUUUUCUAAGCCUCACCCUCAUCUGCAUCUUAGCCCUGGCCUGACCUUUGGAUUGUCCACGUGGCCCCUGGUCAGGGUGGGCAGUGGGAAGGGACCCGACCUGUCCUGCUGCCCUCGUGUCAACACCACUCACUGUGCUGCUGCUGCUGCUGCUGCUGCUUAGCAUCAGGAAUGGACCAAAGCACAGCUCUGUGGGGACGAGCCCACCUGGAGACCAGCAGCACCAGCCACAGGCAUCUUUCCCUUGGGUUUGAACACUUUAGGAUGUUGUUAAGGGGAGGGGAGAAACAUUUUGCUGGUUUGACUGUUGACAUUCAGGCUUAACUUUGCAAGCUGUUAGCUGAGAUGAUCUCUGGUAGGAUCUCACACCCUUCUCUCUUUAAGGAGACAUGUUUUGUGUUAAAAGAUGGUUUGAUAAAACUACAUAAGCUGUUGGAAUAAAUGACACAGCCUUCAAGUACUGAAGGUGUUUUUUUUCCUGC